UUGCAAAUUAAGCUAUUAUCAUUUUAUCAUUGUUCAGCUAUUCAGUCUGAUCUCUUGCAGGCAUCGAAGGGACUGGACGCUUGCAAAGAACAGUACGGCAUUUAUGAUUUCAGUAACCGUUGCGAAACAUACAAUAAAAAGUGUUGGAAAAAUCUGGAGAUCUGUGAUUCAAGGCGCAUCGUGAAAAAACCCCCACCAGUUCCUUCGGGUUUUCAGGUGAUCAACGAAGACGACCCAUACGUGGUCACCUUUCGAUGGGAUCCGGUUCCCGAGGCUGUGUUUUACUUUGUGCAGUACAAAGACGAUGACGACGUUUUCAGUUCCUGGAAUCAUUACGCAAAUUCACACGAGACGGUGGAAUCGUAUUACCAUUUCAACAAGCCAAAUUUGUGUCCUUCCUACAGCGUUCGUGUCGCUGCGGUCAACACUGCCGGAAUCAGCCCGUUCACCUCGGAAAUUACCAUCAAAAAACGAGAGAUUUCCGUUCUCCUACCCGAUUCGGUUCUGAAGUGCGAAUGCGAGUUCCUGUUUUCGAUCAGCUCGUUCGUCAGCAAGUGCGGAGUACCGUUUGACGUGUCCGACUUGCCGGUGGCAGACAGUAACCUGCCCGGCAUAACGUUCGUCACCAGAUGCAACAACGUGGUCGACAGCGGCUGCGCCGAGAGGGCGCCAGUUAUCUUUCCCUCUUGCGCUGUAAGGAGCUUCAAUUACACGGUAACUGAGAGCUCGCCCGAUUCACAGAAUGAAACUGUGAACAUCACAUGGAUUACUCAGUCCUCCAAUUCAGUCACUAAACACCUGCCCAUUUUGUACUAUUUAGUAAAGUAUGACCAGAUUGAUGCAGACAGCCAGGAUCAGCCCGUCUUCAUUCCGAAAAUCAUUAAACAACUCGGACGCCUAAAGAGUACUACUAACGCUGCCACGCUGUACGACCUGGCGGCCGGAAAUAGGUACGCCGUUCAGAUCUGUGCCGUCUACAAUGGGAGUAGCGAGAGCGACAUUCAGUGGAACGUGGUCGCUUGGAAGGAGAUGGACCUGACGAGCACGAAGACUAUCGAGCCAGCCGAAGAAACGCCAUACACCAUUUUGCUCGGCGUCUUAAUUCCACUGUCGAUUUCGCUGACGGUGGCGGGCUUCGUCGUAUGGACCGUGAUACGGUGCAAACGGGAGCGCUUGAAGUCGUUGGCCGAACUGGCAGCCGGACAGUACAGAAUAGUCAACGACGGAAGAUACGUACUGAUGCCGACGAGGACCGACCAAUGGGAAACCCCGCGCUCAAAGCUGUUGAUCUACGAGGAUCAGAAACUGGGCUCUGGCGCCUUUGGUGCCGUCUACAAAGGAAAAAUCGAAGGCCGCCUGUUGACUCAUAAAGAUGUAAAUUCUGUUCUCGCUGAGAAAUGGAUCAAAAGCGAGAAUUGCGACGUCGCGGUGAAAAUGCUUCCCGGUGAGCCUGCUGUCAUACAACGCUAUUCCGUGCUUUUCAUGACAGCUCAUCUCUCUCUCUCUCUCAGACUUUCAUGAUG